AUGUCAGCGAAGAUCCUUUCUAUCACAGAGAGACCGAAGAACUUCCCCAAAACAGACUUUCUCACGAGAUAUUUGAUAGUCCUCCACAUCUUGUUUGGUGCGCUUCAAAAUAGGGAGACGGUAGCUGCGAAAGAGACUAAACCUAUUGAGACUAAAAUUAAGGAGUUUGUGAUACUGAUAAGAUGGAAUGAUAUUAACUCUGAAAAGAUUAAAGACCAAGUGGAGAAGUCGAACCGGAAAUUGUAUGGAUUUAAAAAGAGUACGAUGACAUUUUGA